AUGUCGUUACCACCCUCACCAUCAUCACCACCACCAGCAGCAUCACCAUCGUCACCAUCAUCACCAUCAUCACCACCAGCACCUUCAUCAUUUGAGCUGCGGUUUGAGACUUUGGUACAAAAUGCUGUACGACAAUCAGUUCAAGAACAACGGCCUUUAUUUGUUUUCAUCAAACAUCAAUCAGACCCCAGCUUAAACGAAACUUUUACAACUAAGUUUGUAACACCAAAUGUGGAAGAAAAAAUUGUCACAAAUUUUGUUCUUUUAAAGUUGACUCCAGGAACAGUUGAGUUUGGCUACUUUGAGCAGUUAUUUAAAAAUUUAUCAGCUCCAAGCUUUUACAUAGUCAACCAGGGCAAAGUCGAAAUCAUAGUCACUGAAUCAACUUCUGUCCACGCAUUUGAACAGAAAAUCAUUGAGUUGAGCAAACAAUCACAACAAGCAGUUGGUAGUAAUGCCAGUGGUCCAAGCAAUAAUAGCGCUUUACCUACAUCCGAAAUCAGUGGCACAGAUGUUAAUUCAAAUAUUAAUGUAGAAGGAUCAUCUGAAUCGGCAAAUUCUAACACACCCCAGCUUCAACCUCAAUCAUAUCCACACGAGAAUCAAUCACAAGAGCACAAUACACUCAGCGACCACGAUAGAUCUGUUUUGCGACAUAAGCAAGAAGUAGCAGAACAACGACGCCAGCAAAAGCUUGAGAGACAAAGACUCCGUGACUUGCUAGAAGCGGAUCGUCGAGAGAGACAGAGCCAAAUGAGAGCUGAACAAAUGAAUUCACCUUCGUCGAUAUUAAAAAGUACUACUGCAACUCCAAAACACGAUACAACACAUUGCACUUUGGCUAUCAAAUUGUUUGACGGUAGUACCAUCAAGCAUGACUUUGAAUCGCAACAAACUUUAACUGAUGUACGAACGUACUUGGAUGUUGAAGUCAAGGUGAUCCCUUCUACUAGUAAUAUGCCUGCUUUUGCAACCACUUUCCAACCAACAGGUUACUCGUUUCAUAGACCCACUUUGCCAAGAGUAACAUAUACAGAAGAACAAGAAUCCAACACAUUGGCGAGUUUAGAUUUAGCACCUAGAUCCAUUCUCAUUUUAAAACCAAACUAUACAGAUCUCAGCAAAGCAAAUGAUACUGCUCCAGACGGAGAAAAAGUAGGGCUCUUGAAAAGCAUGUAUCGAGGUAUCGGCAGAUUUGGUGCUGCAUUAUCGUCAUUCUUUGACUAUGGUGUCGACGAUGUUCAUAAUCACUUGGCAGCAGCAGCUGCUGCUGCAGGAUCAGCUACGGGAACCGGAGAAAGAGAAGAAGGCGUAGGUGCUGGUGCUGGUGCUGGUGCUGGUGCAAGCACAAGUACAAGUGUUGGAGCAGAACUUCACCAUCUUCAUCAACAUUCACAAGAACAUCAUCAAUUACAGCCAAGGGGCCAUUCAAUAGAUACCCCACUAGACUUGCCAUUCCCAGUUGCUCCCGGUUUAAUAUCAGUAGGUGACAGAGCAUUAUCUUCAUCCUUAAUUAGCAUUUAA